AUGCCUAUCCUGGAGAUGCAAGCUUGUUUGCCCUCGGAUGAGUCUGCGUUCGGCGCAGACAACGCUGAGACGUGUAGAGACAGACUGUCAAGCGUCCAAUUGGCUCCGCGACUGAGUCUGGUCGAUGUUGUCCAGAGACUCAUGGCAAACAACUCAAUGCGCCAAGAAUUCUCGAGGUUGACCGCUUUUCCCUUGUUUCUAACGAUAGGAGCCCUACAAGCCAUGAUCUUCACAGCGAAGACACAAUUGCUUGAGACAUCUCAGUCUGUUCUCUUCGAGCGUGCACUUGCCCGCUGGAAGGAGAUGUGGGAUCACUCCCAGACUACUCGAGCCUCAUCGAAGGAGGUUGGAUUCAUGGUCCACGCGGAAGAGAUUUGGCUACUCGCACAGAAGGUUUUGAAGUCAGAUGCGUCAAAGCUGAUUUCACGAUUCGGAGUCAACGACAUGACGCAGGUUAGGCGAUGGUUGGCAGAGCUUGGUUGA